UAUUCCUCAACUCCACUUUCUUGUCUUUACCUCCCAAUUCCCAUCUCCUGCUCCUUUUUCUCAUGGACUUAUCCCUCUCUAACCCACAUGCAAACCAAUCUGAAUUGACCAAAGGCAAAUGGAGGGGCGGGGCAUGCAGACUGUGCCAUUCCAACACCAUCAAAGGACGGAGUAAUUUCAGAAUUUUAUGGACUGUACAUUCCCUUUGCACAGCAAGUAAAUCUUAAAAGUUAUUGAAAUCUGUAAAGAAUUUAAAACUUGCAUUGUCAGGGUUUGACAGUGUUGUCUGGCGGCAGCUGGUUGAAGUGUAGUUUAAAGUCUCCCCCUUUUUUAAACAAUAGAAUGGUUUUCCUCGGCUAUUAAAGGAACGUGCGGUCUCAAUGCUGGGGUCUCGCUAAACUUGAACCGCUUACAUUUUUCCCUUAAAACAAAAAGGUGCUGCAAAAAGACAAUCAUAUUUCUGUGCGAUCUGCUGCAUUGGAACGUAGAGGGACCUCCCCAACUCUUAAUUUGAUUCGGAAAACAGAAAAUCAGAAGGAAAGGAAUGAAGACAAUUAUUGCAGCCCAUUCAGGCAUCUUAAGAGGAGCUGGCGCAAGUAUUCUCUCAGCCUUGAGUAACCUACCAUCUUUUCCUUGGCUGGCAAGGUCCAAGGUGGAACGACAUUUGCAAAUGAUCUCUGUCUAUCAGUGGGUUAUCACUUUUCUAAUUAUGGGGAUCACAUGCACUAUGGUCUUGUGCUACAUGUUCUUCACUAAACUGUGGCCCGUUGCAGCUUUAUACUUUUCCUGGCUAGUCAUCGAUUGGAAUACGCCGAACCAAGGUGGACGGAGGUCAGAAUGGGUUCGGAACUGGGCUGUGUGGAGAUACUUCCGAGAGUACUUCCCUGUCCGAUUGGUGAAAACUCACAACCUGGAUCCCAGCAGGAACUACAUCUUCGGUUAUCACCCCCACGGCAUCUUCUGCUUUGGGGCCUUUUGCAACUUUGGAACAGAAGCCACUGGAUUUUCCUCGAAAUUUCCAGGAAUUCGACCCUCCCUGGCCACGCUGGCCGGUAAUUUCCGGAUGCCAAUCCUGCGGGACUAUUUAAUGAGCGGAGGUAUUUUCCCAGUGACUAGGGAUGCUAUCGACUUCAGGCUGUCAAAAAAUGGCAGUGGAAAUGCCAUCAUCAUAGUAAUCGGAGGAGCAGCCGAAUCCCUGGACUGCAACCCAGGAAGGAACAUGGUGACUCUCAAGAACCGCAAAGGGUUUGUGAAGAUAGCACUGCAGAAUGGAGCCGAUUUGGUCCCUGUUUACACUUUUGGUGAGAAUGAAGUUUACCGUCAGGUUAUCUUCAAGGAAGGCAGUUUGAUGAGAGCGAUACAGAAAAGAUUCCAGAAGCUGAUUGGAUUUGCCCCCUUGGUUUUCCAAGGCCGUGGGUUUUUCUCGAGCAACUCCUGGGGUCUCGUGCCUUACGCCAAGCCCAUCAACACUGUGGUUGGGGAACCAAUUACAGUUCCACGGAUUGAGAACCCUAGUCCUGAGGAGGUGGACAGCUAUCACAACAUGUACAUCUGCUCCCUCAUCAAACUGUUCAAUAAGUACAAGACCAAGUUUGGCUGCAGCGAAAUGGAUCGGCUGGAAGUGAUUUAAGGCACUUUUGUUGCAAACACCUGGUGGCCAUUUGUUGGGAUCCGUCUGGAAGAUGAGGAGCCCUUUCAGCAGUUUCACCACUAAAGUUCAAAACUUACUAAAAUUCUGCCACACCUGGACUACUGAAUAUCGAAAGGAAAUCUUUUUUAAAAACAACAGCUACAAAAAAAGAAAAUUAUUUUCAUCAAGGAACAUUCUUGCCAAAUUUAACAUCUUAACUUGCUGGUGAUUUUAAAAUUAUAUAUAAUCUAACGACACCUGUUUAAUCUCUUUUUAUAUAACAGGAUUAGUAACAAAUCGAUAUUUGGUUUUUGAACAAUAAGUGGGAGAAAUGUUUAAAAUGCACAACCAAUGCAAAAAUGCCAAUGUAUUUGAUUAUCUGAUAGCUUUUUGUACCUUGGCUAUUUUGUUGAAUUUAUAUAGCAGCCCUUUUGUAAUUGGAAGGGAGGGAAAACAGACUUUUUCGUGUAUGGGAGAAGUGUGUUGCUUGAUCAGGUUCAGUGUUAGAAUGACAAUUAGCGCUAUGACGUGGUAAUUGUGCAAUAAGAUAACUUCUACAGCUCUGCCAAAACGCGUGGACUCCUGACUGGGAUCUUUUGCGAAUCUGGCUUCAAACACAAGUCAAGGUCAGACCAGGAUGGCGAUGGUUAAUCUGCAAGCCUGCAGGAGAACGAAAAGAAAACAGAUUAUUCUGAUCCCAAACACAGAACUGGGGACUCUUGGAUGUCUGAAACAAAUUGCCGGAGAAACCCUGUGGUUGUGGCAGCAUCUGUGGAAAGAGAAAGUUAACGUUUUGAGUUCACUGAUGACUCUUCAGAACUGCAGGUAGCUAGGGGAAAGAUGGUAUGCAUGCUGAAGAUAGUGGAUAAAAGGAGUGAGUGGAUAGGGAGCCCAGAGAGAGACAGAAGGUGAGGAUAACAGUUGGUAGAUAAAGGGAUUAGUGAUCAUAAGUCGGGGAACAAGAGAAGCUAAAUAGGUCAUUAUGGGUGGGUGAAUGUAAUUGGGUGAAAAUGGGUUCAUUGAGCUGAAGGCACCCCAUUUUAUGACAGAAUCUGGGGUAAUAGACAUUAAAAAAUGUCUUCAUGUUCUAAAAUUAUUAAACUUGAUAUAGAAUCCAGAAGGCUGCAGAUUCCCCAAGUGGAAGAUGAGAUGUUGUUUCUCUGUCCUGCAGAGUCAGCCUCACCUGGAGCACUGCAGCAGGCCUGAGACAGAAAUGCUGGCCGGAGAGCACAGCUCUGUUUUCGCUUCACAGAUGCUGCCUGACCUGCUGUGUUUCUCCAGCAAUCGCUGAUUGUCUUGUGCUGCCCUUAGUUUCUUGCCUUCAAGUUGCUGUUGUCAGUAGCUGCCUUCUGUUUGUGCAGCCAGCAGGAGGUGCUGCAGUUGCCAUGACUGUCUCAAUGGGAAAUGACUGAGCUGUGAUUCUCUCACCAACUGCACCCGGACAUGGGGCGCCCCUGGAUUGACCUGUGUUUGGAAUAACACAGAAUGAGUAGCUAUGUUCAUGGUGAAAACAAGAGGGGAGAGAGAACAUUUAGGUCAGAGGGGGAACAAAAAUAGAGCUGAACUCUUUUUCUUUCUCGCUUUCUCUUUCUCGCUUUCUCUUUCUUGCACUCUUUUUCUCUCUUUCUUUCUUUUUUCUUUUUUUUUCUCUCUCCCUCUUUUCUCUCUCCCUCAGAAGCAAUUUGAUAGAAGGAGCCAAUUGAUUCAAAUUUGCACUAUGUUUCUCACAAGAGUUUAACAAAGCACCAAUGGAGACAUUCCAACAAGCUUUUAAAAUACUUUUUACGACAAUUUGAUUACAGCUUGCUAUUUGAAGCAAAGCCAUAUUGUAACAUCUUUUUUAACUUUAAUUUUAAAUGAACUGUAUAAAAUUGGUUUCUGAGUGACUGUGGUGAUUUGGAAACAGGUGAAAGACCCUGCUUUGUGGUGCCCGGUGUUCAAACAGUUUCAAUAUUUUUCUGCUCUUGCCUUUCACCACUUUUCCCCCAUCUUGUCUUAACCUCUUUUCCCCACCCCACUCCCUCCACAGUUAACACCACAAGUUGACAAAACAGACUUUUGUACCAUAUUGUGGAGUCAAAAUAAAAGUGUUUUUUUUAAAAAAAA